AUGGAGAUCCUUACGGUGCACGAGGCACCCCUUCCUCCCCGCGACCCUGAGCCUCCAGGCUCGCAGGAGCGCCCAGAGCUGGGUGCCCAGGACGGUACGGGGAAGCUGGGGAGCCACCGUCGGAGGCUCGCCCUCGCCAGACCCCGUCCACCGUGGUCGUCCGUCCCGCGGCCCCCAAUGCAGGGCCGCCACCUCGUCCGCGGGACCGGCCGGAGCGCGGGGACGCGGCGCUGCAGACCCGGCGGACCGGGGAGGCGGGCGGGGUCCCGAAGGGGCCGCGGCACUGGAGCCACCGAGGUGCAGGGCCAGGGUGGCGCCCUGGGCGCGGACCGGCCCUCGCCCCUGCCCGAUCCCGGCGCCCGAGGCCGGCUCGGCACGGCCACCUCUCUCGGGCCCCUCAGCCGCGCCCGGCUCCCGCGAGGCCGACACAAAGGGGACGCGCGUCACCCACCUGGUCCCGCGUGGCAGGGGCCCCAGGGCCGCCGCUCCUGCUCGGCCACGGGCGGGGCUCCGCGCGCCGCGCCUCGGUCCGCGGUCCGGGGCCGGGUGUCCGCGCUGCGCGUCCGCCGCCCCGCCCGGAGUCGCCCUUUAUUCCCGUCCGCCCUCCAGCCGGGGCGCACGGCCCGCGGGGGGAGAGUGGGCGGCGGCGCCGAGUGGCACAAAGACGCGGGGAGCACAGUGUCGGCCCGCGCGCCCCCGCCCGGCGCGCAGCGCCCCCUGCCGCCCGCCCGCCCGCCCGCCGCGCCCCGCCCUCGGCCGCGCAGGCCCGCGGGGACACCCUGA